CAUCCUUACACCACCACCGUGUCCUGCCAAUUUCCUCAAGAUUUGUCUCCUAUGCUCUUCCCUGUACCACUGCGCAUGCGCCGACUGCAUCUGCCGCUAGAGAAUGGACUUGGCGGCCAAGGAAAUAUACGAUCACAUCUGACGGCGGUUGCCGAAGGCGCAGCGCGACCAUCUCUUGCCGUCGCCGUCGCCGUCGACCCGAUUCUUCGCUCCAGGCUGGGCAGCGUGAUUGAAUCGCGCGCCCACUCCUUUAUGUGAUACCAGGACAUCUCGUUGCUUGAAGACAGCCCUCUAUCAUCGCUCUCACCACAACGCUGCGCUCAGGAUGUCGCACUUGUUUCAGAACAUCAAGCACGCCGUCGAUCAUGAAUUUCAGAAGCUCGAUAAGGGGCUUGACCAUGCCCGGGCGACCGUCGAAGGCUUUCUGACCCCGAACCGCAGGCACGACUCGCCCGAGGAGCAGCGUGUUGACGCGCUUCGUCAGGAGAUCAACGACGGCCAUCGUUUCCAGUCCUUCGCAGACAAACGGCAUGCCAACUUUGUCAAAUGGCACAUCGACGGCCAUGAUUAUAUGUACGCGCUCUCCGAGAUACUGGACAGCGCGAGAGAGUGCAUCUUCAUCCUCGACUGGUGGCUCACCCCAGAGUUGUACCUGCGCCGACCGCCGGCUCACAAUCAAGAAUGGCGUCUGGAUCGUCUGUUGAAGCGCAAGGCGGAGGAGGGCGUGAAAAUCUACGUCGUGGUGUACAAGGAGGUCACUCAGACCAUGUCCAUGAGCUCUUCUCACACCAAGCACGCUCUCGAGGACUUGCAUCCGAACAUCGCGUGCAUGCGCCACCCGGACCACAUCGGCAGCAAGGACGACGUCGAGUUCUGGUCGCACCAUGAGAAGCUCGUAAUCGUCGACAACCACCGCGCUUGCGUCGGAGGGUUGGACAUUUGUUUUGGGCGCUGGGACACGCACACGCACCCGCUUGCAGACGUGCACCCGACGGACUUUACGCGCACGCUCUUUGCCGGCCAGGACUACAACAACGCACGUGUGCUGGACUUCAAGGACGUCCAGAACUACGUCAGCAACGGCCUUAGUAUCAUCGAGACGGCUAGGAUGCCGUGGCAUGAUGUCCAUAUGACCCUGUGCGGUCCAUCGGUGCUGGACCUGGUGCAGCACUUUGUCGAGCGUUGGAACGAAGUCAAGAAACGCAAGGAUACCCGCUACGACUGGCUUGCGCUGCCCCACGACAUCGAUGAGGCUCCCGACGAAGCCGUCGCGCGCCACCCGUACCGCGAAGCUUGGCACAGCAUGGGCCACCGAUUCCGCCAGCGCUUCCACGGGCAUCAUCUCAGAAACGAGACUGAUAUACUGGACGACCCGCUGCUAUACCCUCGCCCGCCAAACGGUUCAAGCACGGUGCAGGCAGUCCGCAGUGUUAGCGACUGGAGCCACGGCGUGCUUACGGAGCACAGCAUUCAGAAUGCUUAUCGUCAGUUGAUCAUGGAGGCUAGCCAUCACAUCUACAUCGGUGACAUCUCGAACACCCAAGAGGAUGGCCCUGUCAAGAAUCUGAUCGCUAAGGCCCUCGUCGACCGUAUCCUCCAGGCCGCACGGGACGGCCAGAAAUUCAAGGUUGUGAUCGUCAUCCCAGAGGUUCCUGGAUUCGCGGGGCAAGUGAAGGAUGAAACUUCUGUCAGGACAAUCAUGGCCGCGCAAUACCGUACCAUGAACCGUGGUGGUCACAGCAUCUAUGAGGAGAUUCGCAAAGCUGGAUACGAACCUACGGAUUAUAUUCGUUUCUAUCACCUGCGUGCAUACGACCGUAUCAAUGCUCCGUAUGAGACCUUCUUGAAGGCUCUGGAACAGCAGAGCGGCAUCACGUUCCACCAAGCCAUGACAGCCUUAGCUCGCAUGUGGGUAGGGAGAGAUGAAGAACAUAAUGCACCGAAGGAGACCACCGUCGUUCUCCCUACAGGCAAAUUGGCCGAGGAGAUCACUGCGUCCGGUGGCAAGCCCGAGCUCAAGACGGAGACAUACCAACUGCCUCAGUCGUACGAGGAGGCGAAGGACAUUGUUGACCGAUGGCACGAUACCGCCAUCCGUCUCCGAGGGGGCGGUGAUAUCUCAGAUAAUGUUGUGCAGCACAUGAUGCAUGACCGCACGGACUUGAAGGAGGAGGGAUGGCUGGGUACUCCCGAUGAGGAGAAGGCUGCCUAUGUAUCUGAGUUGCUAUACAUCCACUCGAAGUUGAUGAUUGUGGACGAUCGGCGGGUCAUCAUGGGCUCCGCUAACAUCAACGAUCGCAGUCAGAAGGGUGAUGGCGAUUCUGAGAUCGCCCUGGUGGUCGAAGACGAAGACAUGAUCGAGACGACUAUGGAUGGGCGACCAUACAUGGCGACUCGCUUUGCCGCCACGCUUCGCAGGAAGCUUUACAGAGGUACACACCUCGGUCUUAUGGCGCCACAGCUCUGCACGGGGCAACAGGAGCACACUGUCGACCUCUGGAACCGUACCGCAAAGAACAACCGUGACAUCUUCACGGAGGUAUUCCGGCCUGUUCCGACGAAUCUCGUCCGAGACUGGGAUGCAUACUCGGUAGGCAUUUGCAGCCAUGUGGGUGGGCAUCAGUGCAUUAACAUCAUGGCUAGCGCUACAGGGGCUCUUGUUGAGUGUCCAAUAGAUUUCUUGAUCGACCAGAAGGACUUCGUGGAAGGUGCCGAUUGGAUUGGCCUUAACCCGACGUUGCCCAUCUACAUCUAGAAAUACAAUGGCUCUGUAGUAGCAGUGCUUCGUAUGCCAGGGAUCUCGUAUUGUUGCGUAAUAUCUUGUACAUCUUUGUACGUUGUGACCGGUACUAUGCUGAAUGCUCAUAAAUGUAGCAACUAUGAAAUGGAAGCAGACGUUGCGCGAAAUGAUGUGUAUGAUGAAUGUCCGGUGAAGUUCACUCUGGCUGCCAGCACCCCUCAAGUCAACGUGCGAGUUUCUCCAACCCUCGCGGGAUCUGCACACCGAUUAGCGAUGUUUUGCGGAGCGUGUAACGACCAUUACCGUCCAUCCAUGAGUAUUUGCUGCUCUUUUGUAGCCGUCUAACGCUUCUUGCAUUCCGUAAGGUACGUCCCAAUUCUGCGCAAGUCGGGCGGGACGAGGCUCCACGUUUGAUAUAGCUAGUUUGAUCUGUAGCAAGAUAGCCGAAAUGCUG